AUGUCCGCUUUUCUGCCCACAGAUUACAUGAGCGAAGUGGAGGAGAAACUGAGAUUGAUGGUUCAAAAACCCGACCAGUGCCUUAGAGACUUUGCUUAUGAUUAUCGGGCUUUGUGCUUGAAGUGGAAACCGGACAUCCGAGAGGAGGAGUUGGUCCGACGUAUUCUGAACAAUGUUAACCCCAAGUUUGCGGGGUGCCUCCGUGGAACAGUUACAACGGUCGCUGAGUUAGUGAAAGUGGGAAGCAUGGUGGAAAAAGACUGUACUGGAGCAAAGGAAUACUGGCAAAAAGUGCAAGCCAGCAGUGAGAAGGUCGGUCGCAGACCAGUUGAAAAGAAAACGUUUCCGCCCAAACCCAUGGCAGGCGUGUCGAUUGUCCAACAACCGGGACAAACUGACACCAAACCCGAGCUACUGCUAGUGCCUAUCGCCAUACGUGGGCUUAAAGGACCGCUUGAGCGACUCAUCCAUCAACCGCCAAGUCCGGACCAGCAGCAAAGCUAUGACCUGGUGGAACGCCAACACAAGCUGAACGAGGAGGACUCGGCCAGUCUGAAAGUGCCUCCCUCGUGCACGCCGUCGGAGCUGAUGGCGGUGGCCCUGAGGAAGUGGCUGAGCACACACGGCCCUGAGGACGAGGCCAGCAGGGGUCAGUACUUUCUGAGGAUAAGCCACUGCCUGGAGUUUCUCUGCGGAGACCACCCCCUCAUCCAGUACAAGUACAUCCGGACGUGUGUUCAGGCCAAAGAGGCGCCUCAUCUCACCCUGAUCCACAGCAGCUCCAUCCAAGAACUGUUCGACAAAGAAAUCUGUGCCAUCGGAGCCGUGCUGAGCCGGAAGACUUGCCCGUUACCGCUGCCUCUGCCGCCGAAGAGACGCGGGCCCUCCCCUAACUCCACCCACAUGAACAGCCUAACUCCGCCCACAUGA